AUGAGAAGAAAAGCCCUGCUGGAAACGAUCUCGCAGGCUGUUCGGACAGCUGCUAAUGUGGGCGCUAAUCAGGGCGUGAGAUCACUCCGGUGCUUCGCCGCGUCGAACGAUUAUGGGACAGUCGCGAUCGUGACUGCCAGUGGUGAGGGAGGGGGCGGCGGCACGGCGAUGAUGGAGUGUUCGCUGCCGUCGCCGCCGCUGACGCCUCAAAAGCUGCAGCAAGAGGCGGCACUGGACGGCAACCGCAACGAAUUGCCCACACAGGAAGAACUUCAGAUUCUGGCCAAGAUGCGAGAGGCGAAUCGGUGA